AGGCAGCAAGCAAGACGCAGCUGUGUGCACAGAGACGUGGGAGGCAUGCCCAGCCGCAACCUGCUGCGAGAUCCAGCCACACCGCCUCUCCGAUGCUACGGGAGGAGGCUCCGAUGGCGAGCGACACUGGCCGCCGCUGCUAACCCGCACGAGCUGCUCCAUGGGGCAGGUGACGGCCACUAGUGACGCCCCUUGUAAGUUCCAACAGUCCCUAGGCCCCGACGAGCGGCAGCGUCGAUGGCCGUUGCAUAGUGCAUAGCAGCUCCGGCGUCGUGGCCGCUGCAUCGUAGCUUCAAUAGCCGCUGCAUUGCAACUCCGGCGGCGUCAACGGCCGCUGCAUUGAAGCUCCAGCGACGUCAACGGCCGCUGCAUCGCAGCUCCGGUGCGCGUCAUGGCCGCUACAUUGCAACUCCGGCGGCAUCAACGGCCGCUGCAUUGCAGCUCCAGCGGCGUCAACGGCCGCUGCAUCGCAGCUCCGGCGGCGUCAACUCCGACGGCCGAUGCAUUGGAACUCUGACGGUCGUAGCUUCGGUGGCGUUGACUCCGACGGCCGCUGCAUCAUUGCAACUUCGGCGACGUCAACGGCCGCUGCAUCGCAGCUCCGGCGGCGUCAACUCCGACGGCCAAUGCAUUGCAACUCCGAUGGCCGUAGCUCCGGUGGCGUCGACUCCGUCGGCCGCUACAUCAUUGCAGCUCCGGCGACGUCAACGGCCGCUGCAUCGCUGUUCCGGCGGCGUCAACUCCGGCGGCCGAUGCAUUGCAACUCCGACGGCCGUAGCUCCGGUGGUGUCGACUCCGUCGGCCGCUGCAUCAUUGCAGCUCCGGCGACAUCAACGGCCGCCGCAUCGCAGCUCCGGCGGCGUCAACUCCGACGGCCGAUGCAUUGCGGCUCCAGCGACCGGCAGUGUCGUGGCCACUGCGUUCUACGACAUUUGCAUGGCAGCUCUGGUGACGUCGACUCCGGGCGGUGUCGCAGCUGGUGGAGCGCGAGAGUGGGCGCUGCAUGGGUUGUUCGUGUGUUACACGAGAGAGAAGAUGUGCGUUGUGUGAAAGUGCGAUUCGCGGGACACCAAGCGAUUGGCUACGAUAUAUGUUCACGAUCAAACGGUUACCAAGCCGGCUUAUAACAGUGAGUUAGCCGGCUUACGCCUAGCAUCCGCCGAGAUUCAAUUGCUUUUCUUUUUAUGAUUUUUUUACCGGUUUUACACAUUUUUAUUUUUUAAGAAUUUCUUUAAAAAAAAUCAGAAUUUCUAAAAUUUUAUUUUCAAUAGUAUUGGUAUUUUAGAAAAUAUUGUUGUAUUAAUAAAAUUGUUCAAUCUUUUAAAAAGUGCUCGGGAAUGUCCCGCCGAGGUUAUUCUUCACCUCCGGCGGCUGGACGCUCUCCUCAAGGACCACACCGCCCACACGCUGGAGAUGGAGGCGGGGCUGUUCUUCGAGGCGGCGCAUCUGGAGCAGCUGGUGAGACAAGGGCUCUGGGCCUCUGCCCACCGCUACCUGCGGUGCUUCUCGGCGCUCUGGGGGGACGGGGAUGGGGACGGCGCCGCCACCCAGUACGCCACCCUCCUCAGCAGCCUCUCCCACCACUCCAUACUUGCCUGGCUGGCCUGCCGCGGCGACGAAGGCGGUCGCGCCGCAUCUUUCCUCAGGCCCUCUGAUGAGGCCAUCCGCAAGGCCUGCCCCGAGGAAGCCCGACGCAAGGUCAUGUACUGCUCCAUGACUUCCCAACAAGCCAGACCAUCCGUGAACUGGGAGGAUAUAAAGCUCGAGACCUUGACGAGGCUGCAGGAGUUGGUUGAUCUGCGUCCCAACCUGGACUGCCUGCUGAAAAAUCGAUUGCCACGACACAAGCCCACGCCGCAGGAUGUCAUUCCUCUUGGCUUACGGGGGUCUCGGAGAUACCGGAGGAAGAGAGUCAACCAUAAGCCAGCACAUGAUCUCGCGUAUUUUGUUCUACACAAGAGGCUGCCCUCUACUCAUAAGAUAAAACAGUUAGGUGAAUGAGGUUUUUGUUCGUCUUUGAUACGUGCAACCCAAUCGAUGUCGUUAGUUUGGUGCCAGACUGCCACCAAUUCUUCGUGGCUGAAACUAGUUUGAAAUCAGAUCUUCCUUUUGUUAUUAUAUAAUGUUUUAGUUACUGCUUCAAAUGUACAACUACCCAAAGUUUUAUCUUUGUGCUUCAAAUGUAAUGCUGAUCACAGUUUUAUCUUAUAAAUUAUAAUGCCGGUUUGCUUGUUUGGCGCCACUUACUGAUCAGUCAUAAAAAAAUUGAACACAUUGGUGCAUUAUUAAUUGAUUUGGAACAUGAAUUCAAUUGAAUUUAAUGAUUCUAUUAUAAUUGGAAUUUGGAGUUAUUUUCUCACACAGUUCCUUUAAGAAGUAUAGAGACAAUGUAAUUGUUGCCAUCUAUGGCUUGUUCCAUUGUUAAACAAAAGGUGGCUUGUUGAUUUUGUCCCGCGACGAAAGAUUAAGAUGUAUGCUCCU